CCGAGUCCGUCGGCGGGUGGGCGGCUGCAACACGAGCACAGCCCAGGCCGCAACGCAGCCAUGGUGGGCGGCAAAACGGCAUCCUCGACGCUGCACUCACGCCGCGUCUCCUGCCUCGCCUCCUGCUGGCCAGGCUUUGGCGCCCUCAGGACGCAGAGUGGGAGGUCUCUGGAGGCGACGGAGAAGACGUUUCUGGAGGCGGCUGAACGCGGUGACAAGCACACGAUAGAGCGAUGCUUGCUGGCGCCCAGAUCGGUCAACGUCAACUGCACAGACCUGCUUGGUCGCUCUGCACUCCAGAUUGCCGUCGACAAUGAAAACGUUGAGCUCGUCGAAAUCCUCCUUCAGCAGCCAGACAUCAAAAUAGGAGAUGCUCUGCUGCACGCAAUUACGGAGGGAGUGUUGCGCAUCGUCGAGCUGCUCAUUGACCAUCCAAGCAUCUCGGCUUCAAUGCUGGCCUCAGGCUGGAGCCGCUCGCGACCUUCCACAGAGGAGAGUUCAGACUUUUCACCGGACAUCUCGCCCGUCAUCCUCGCCGCCCACUGCAACCAGUUUGAAAUCUUGCAGCUCUUCCUUGCCAGAGGUGCCUACAUCGACAAGCCGCACCCCCUGAACUGCUUCUGCCGGCAGUGCGAAGAGAGCAAGCAGUCGGACAGCCUUCGCUACUCUCUCAAGCGCAUCCACACGUACAAGGCGCUCGCCAGCCCCGCGUGGCUUUCGCUGACCAGCCACGACCCCAUCCUUUCCGCCUUCAAGCUUUCGUGGGAGCUGGAGCGUCUGGCCGAGCUGGAGAACGAGUUCAAAGACAUUUACAUGGAGCUGAGCUCGCAGUGCAAGCGCUACUCAUGCGAGCUGCUGGACCAGUGCCGCUCCUCGGAGGAGGUGAUUGCGGUGCUGAACCGCCGCUGCUCGUCCAGCAGCCCCCCGGAGCCCGCCCUCUACGACGAGGCGCCGCACUCAGAGCGGCUCUCUCUCGACAGGCUCAAGCUGGCGCUCAAAUACGACCAAAAGCAGUUUGUCGCGCACCCACAUUGCCAGCAGCUGCUGACCUCGAUAUGGUACGAGGGCUUUCCUAUUUGGCGGCGGCGUAGCGGUUUUUCCAAGGUGCUGCUGUGCCUGGCUAUCAUCACGGCGAUGCCCCUGCUGGCGGCCACCUACCUCCUCUUCCCCCGCACACGCCUCGGCAAACUCAUCAGGUCACCUUUCAUGAAGUUCAUCUACCACAGCGCCUCAUUCGGGUGUUUCCUGAUUCUGCUGGUGUUGGCAUCGACCAGGACGGAAGGCAGCGAGAUGUACAGGCAAAACACGCGCGGCCCAGCGCCCUCCAUGAUCGAGUGGCUCAUCCUCUUCUGGGUUUCGGGCAUGGUAUGGUCCGAGUGCAAGCAACUGUGGGAGGAAGGCCUCAAGGCAUACGUGCGGCAGUGGUGGAAUUGGCUCGACUUCAUCAUGCUCUCACUCUACCUCUGCACUUUCUCCCUCAGGGCGGUCGCCUAUUUGCAAAUCAACAUCAACAACUCCAGUUUUUCCACCAGGGAACUACCACGCAGUCAGUGGCCCAACAACGACCCCACCCUAAUAGCAGAGGGUGUGUUCGCUGUCGCCAACGUCUUCAGCUUUGCGCGCAUCAUUUACCUCUUCCAGACGAAUCCGCACUUGGGUCCUCUGCAGAUCUCGCUCGGCUGCAUGAUUAUAGAUAUCGCAAAGUUCCUCUUCAUCUUCUUCCUGGUGCUGACCAGUUUCGCGUGCGGUCUCAAUCAGCUCUACUGGUACUACGACUCCAGCACUGAGCACUGCAAACAGCGGCCCAAUGGCCAGAUGGAAUGCCAGUCUAACUCGGACGCCUUUACCACUUUGGACGUUACCUUCGCCACCCUCUUCUGGUCCCUGUUUGGUAUCAGUUCGCCGAAAAGCACCGAACUUGUAGACGCGCACCCUUUCGUGGAAUUCGUCGGUCAGGGCUUGUUCAUGGCCUACCACGUGCUCAGCAUCAUAGUCCUCAUCAACAUGCUCAUUGCCAUGAUGUCCAACAGCUUCCAAGUUAUCGAGGACCACGCUGAUCAAGAGUGGAAGUUUGCUCGAUCGAAGCUGUGGAUGAGCUACUUCGACGAGGGCUGCACCCUUCCACCGCCUUUCAACGUCAUCAUCAGCCCCAAGUCGGUAUUCUACUUCUUCAAGGGCAUUAAGGGCCUGCUGGUGCAGCUGUACAGCCGGCCCAAGGUUCCGCACGCCAACAUGCCUCGUCCCGCCACAGCAGAGAAAGGCCUGCUCGCGGACGGGGACACAAAUUCCACAGGACGCCAAACUUCUGUGGAAAGUUCUCAGGGGCCUCCAAUGCAGCAUCAGACACAGUACAACGAAAUUAUGCGACGCCUCGUCAACAGAUACAUCCACAAGAUGAAGAAGCAGUUCAGACAGGACGGCGUCAACGAGGAUGACCUACUCGAAAUUAAACAGGACAUCUCCAGCCUUAGAUAUGAGCUGAGGGAAGACAGGAAACGCGAGAGCGCACGCACCUCGGCCCAUCUGGACACGAUCAAGAAAGAAAUCGUGCGUUCCGUACGCUCCAGCCUGCCGACGCCCCCGCAGACGCUGCCUCCACCUCAGCAGCGUUCAUUCGACCUGGGCAUGCUCAGGGCGCAUCACCCUGUCGUUGACCUGCAAGUUCCACCUCCACCACCGCCACUUCUACAGCAUUCAUUACAUGGGAGCAUGGCGUCGACGGGUCUGUGCGGCAGCAGUUCAUCGACGGCGGCGAUGCGGUCCGAGUCGGCGCCACCGGUCGGCACCGAGACGCUGGAGUCGCUGAAACGCGAGAUCGUGGCUAGCGUGCGCGCCGAGCUGCGUGACGCGCUGCGGGAGCUGGCGAUGCAAGCGUCGGUGCCGUCGGCAAUGGCGUCGCCGGCGCUGAGCCACGGGCCACCGCUGCCGCCGCCGCUGAUCCGGCCGCCGGUGCCGCCGCCGGCACCGCCUCCGCCGCCGUGCGAUCUCUACAAGACGCACCUGUACACGCAGCUAUAGCUGCGGUCACCGGCGCCGCCGCUGCUGGCGGUCGGCGCCGACGCCGAGUCGUCGAUGGCGCACAACAACCUGCGCACGCUCGCCCUGUACAAGACAAGGAGGUACACCAGGAUUUGAAGAUUUUUUCCUCGAUUGAUUUUUAAUGUUAAGAUUAAGAGGCGAAAUUUGAACAAAGAUCGAAUAAUAAUAGUCGUGGCUGAACUCGCGGUGCUUAUUCUACAUGUCUAGAUAAAUGCGGCUUUAAUUUAAAAGUUACAGUUUAAUUUGUUAAGCAUGUAUUGCUUUCGAAUAAUUAACAAAAGAGAUAAGUAUUAAUGGGUUAUCUACAUUUUUCUUUUCUUUCUAAAUUUACUUUUGCACAUUCUAUUCUCACUUUAUGUUUCUUCAGUCUAGUUUGAUGGACAACCUUUAUUUUUUUUUAAUUUCAGGUGAUGUUUAUUACCAGUUUGGGAUAAAUGGGAAUUAUAUUCAUGUUUUCUGAUGCUUCUUGCAUUUCAAUAUUUAUUCACUAAUUAUUUCAAGACACUUUCCACUAAAGUCCUUUUUGAUAAGGCAGAAAUUGCUGCCUUAAUUGAGGAACACUGAAAUUUGUCUUCUUUCGUGUCAAAAGAUGAAUGAAUACCUUCAUUUAAUAGUAACAAAACAGCAACUUCGUCCACUUCACACACGUGCGAGUUAAUUUUUCUCUCUUGGCCACCCUCCCUCGUUAAAAAUUAUAAUAAAUAAAAUGCAUUUAGAGUAGAUCCCGUUGGGUUAAUUUUCCUUGUAAUUUCACUGGCAAUACUUCUAUCACCAAAAAUCGUGGGUGAAUGUUUGAAUGGCACUGGUAAAUAUGAUUUAUGCACACGUAUAUUUAAUGCUAUCAGUCCACAAAAUAAAUGGCACACUUGACUAGUCGCAUUAGUUGUAAUUGUUAGCCAAAUUCCGCCUGAGAACAAAGUCAAAUUAUCGAUUAAAUAUAAGAAAAAAUUUGGAAACUCUGCCAAGAAAUACCAAUGCAAUGAGUUUUGUGCUUUCCAAUAUAAAUAAAAAAUUAGGACAGCGCUGUAGAAAAUUCAUCGGUUUUUGGUGUCAAGAGACUAUAGAGAUGCAUCAAUUUAUAAUAUGUACACAGGCAAAGAAAGGAGAAGAGAGCAUCAUCAAAAUUAGGUUAUAUCACACAACACGCUGCAUUUUAUAUAUUUUAAGAUAAAAUAUCGCCUCAUGUUGACGCUGUGAAAGAAUGAAAUGAUUCGCCAAUUUUUCAGAUUGAGAGAAUAAAUUGUAAGGUACCUUUGCAUGAAGUGGUGCCAUAAAUUAUAUAGAAUAUUGACGUAUACACACCUCCAAUUUAUCACAAAUUGUUUAAUUAGAAUGCCAUAUACUAGAAAUAUGGAUAUGAAUAGCAAUUUUUUCAUGUUCGAUAGCCAUGAGACACUAAGCGAAAACUCGGAUUUUAACUGGCGGAAGAAAAGGUCGGAUUACUAUUGUUCUUACAGGUGCAGCUAUCCUGCGUACAUGAAAAAUAACGGCGGAUGAAAUAUUUCUCAAUAAAUCUACUGUAUUUAAAGUGCUACAUAAUAUAAAUUAAAUUCUAAUCCAAAAUGGAACUUAACUACAUUCCCGCACAUGUUGAAAAUACGCCUUGGUUCAUUCCUUGGUCAAAUUAUACAUAUUAAUUAUUAUUUGACGGAAAUAUUUUUGCUUUAUCUUUUACUUUUUGGAUCGCAAUAAAUCUUUUUAUCAUUUCAUUGAAAUCAGGGUUGUGAAUAUAUGUCACUUGUAUUACUCCCAUUUCCAAAAUUUGCUCAAAUUUUUGUAAAUCAUGAACAAAUAAAGCUACAACAGAUAAAAGGGUCCACUAAAACGUGCGAUAAAAUCGUCGCCUCGAUAACGCUGAUCAAAUAAAUUUGCAGAGAAUAUGUGAAACAAUGUUACACCACACAUAUAUAAAAAUUAUAUAGUUUUGAAAAAUGUAAAUGCGCAUGAAGUCGAUAUUAGUGUUAAAAUAUCAAUUAUUGUUGCACCGUUAUACAUACCAAUUAAUAUACUGGGAACGAAAACGACGAGGACGCUAAGGACACAUUUGUGUUGAAUAGAAAGCAAAGCAAUAAAGGGAUAGGAAUUUUUGUUACACGAAAAA